AGCUUUUUACAAACUUUUAAAGCUUAAAUUAAGGUAUUUAGCUAAACAAUUGAUUGUAUAUACACAUGAGAAUAAAUAAAAAAGCAUUUCCAAAAGCUUUUAGUAGGCACAACAUCUGUUUUCCUUAAAUAGUUUGUGGACAAAAUUCAACUCAGUUCGAUUAAGGUUUUGUUGUGAUAACACGAGCGCUUUAUUAAGGCGUAAAAAAGAAAAUAUAAUAAUAAUAAUAAAAUUAACAGAUAAUCAGCUGAAAAAUAAAGAAUUAGAAAAAAAGUUUAUAUAAAUUAAUGAAUAUAGAAGAAAACAACAAGCAAAAAUAAUAUUGCGAUUUAAUAAAAAUAAAUAAUAAAACGUAUACGCCACCCCGUACCAAAAGGAAUUUAUAUUUAUAUAGAGAAAAGAAAGAAGAAAAAAACACUAACAAAAAAGUUAAAUACAAAAAAGAGUCAUAUACACACACAGAGUUUUAACUACAGUAUACACAUAUAUACAUUCAAACAUACGUAAAAUUUGUAAGGAGCAAGAAUUUUACUAUACUCUCACACAAAAAAAAACAAGAAAAAGGAGAAAAAACAUUUAUAAAAUAAUAGGAAGAACAAGCAUAAGCACAAAAGCAAGAGAUAGUAGAGAGUAAGGAUUUUAACAGUAAAACAAAAAUCAAGCAUAGAGAAAAUCUGACAUUUUAUUUUAUUAUUUAAAAAGAAAACUAAAGCAAUUUAAAUUAUAAAUAAAACGAAUAAUAAUAAUUUAAAAUAAACUUUAAUUAAAAAAUUAAUAUUAAACUUGAUUUGUUCUAACAAAACCAACAGAAUAUUGUGUUUAAGGAAAAUAAAAUAAAAUCGAUUAAAAUCAAUAUUAAUCUAAAACCAUAAAAACAAAAACCAAAAAGCAAGAAUUUAGUUAAAAGUGUUUUGUUAAAGAAAACAACAACCUUUAAAAAAAAUGGAUAUGUUAAAUCAAAUAUUAAAUAUGAAUGCUGGUGGUGCUUAUGGCGGUGGCAAGGCUGGUGGCGCCUUUGAUCCCCUUUCAUUUGCCAUGAAACCACAAGUAGUGAUACGAGCCUUGUGUUGGCUCUUCUCCAUUGUUGUCUUCGGUUGCAUAUCGUCAGAAGGUUAUCGCGAAGAAGAUGGCAAAGAUGUUUGCAUAUUAAACGAUGACAAUAUGGCCUGUAAAUAUGGCAACACAGUGGGUGUAUUUGGUUUUCUAGCGUCUAUGGCCUUUAUAGUGGGUGAAUUUCUAUUUGAACGCAUGUCAUCGGUGAAAAGUCGGAAACGUUUUGUGAUGGCCGAUAUGGGUUUUUCAGCAUUUUGGGCCUUUAUGUAUUUUGUGGCCUUUAUUUAUGUUUGGUCACAGUGGAGUUCUGCUGAAAUGCCACCCGGUGGCAUUGGUGCCAGUAAUAUGCAAGCUGCCAUUGUAUUCUCAUUAUUUUCCAUAUUCACUUGGGCUUUAUGUGCUUUCUUGGCUUAUAAACGUUUCUUAAUUGGUGCUGGGGAUGAAUUUACCUCUGCCUUUGAAAAUGAUCCUGCCAAUGUGGUGCACCAACAGGCCUACAACAGCUAUUCCGUGGACAAUGAUAAUGACCAAUAUAGUGCUUCACCAUUCACAGCUCAACAAACAGGCAUGGAGCAGCAGCAACAACCCAAUAUGGAAUAUCAGCAGCCCACCUAUUAGAUAUCAGUUAAAUAAAACCUCUCCUAAAUAAAACAAGAAAAAAUACUCCCAAAUUUUUGUAGUUGUUAAACAAAAUAUCAUCACUUGACAUACUACACUACUCACUGUUGAUAUUUCCCAAAAGAAAACAAAACAAAAAAAAAAUAAAAA